AUGUCCUGCUGCUGUCGUCAUUUACCACUGGAUUUCUCCUCUCCCCCCGCUCUGUUUUCUCCCCCUUUCUCUGUUCUCUCUCCCCUCCUCUCUCCUCUCUCCCCUUCUCUCUCCUCUCUCCCCUUCUCUCUCCUCUCUCCUCUCUCCCCUUCUCUCUCCUCUCUCCCCUCCUCUCUCCUUUCUCCCCUCCUCUCUCCUUUCUCCCCUUCUCUCUCCUCUCUCCUCUCUCCCCUUCUCUCUCCUCUCUCCUCUCUCCCCUUCUCUCUCCUCUCUCCCCUCCUCUCUCCUCUCUCCUCUCUCCCCUUCUCUCUCCUCUCCUCUGCCCCCCCUCUCUUUCCUUUCUCCCCUUCUCUGUCGUUACCCCCCCUCCCUCCCUUCUACCCUCCCCUGCUGUUACCCCCCCCCCCCCCUCUCUGCUGGAGUAACUCUCCCCCUCCCUCCCUCCCUCUCCCUCCCUCCCCCUCUCUGCUGGAGUAA